CUGCUUCAACUCAGAGAGAGAGAGAGAGAGACAGGGAGAGAGAGGGGAGAGGUAAAAGGGGGAGGUGUGUAGGAACUGAAAAGGGGCAGUACACGCACUCGCCGCCUCACACUGACAGACCCACCGGAGCACAGGUGAGCAGAAUGACUUAAUCCACACAAACCAAACAGGAAGGAUACACAGAGCCCUGGAAUUUAAUCUGCCGCUGGGCAACUGCAGACUUUGUCACCUGCAGCCUAUUAUAUUUAUCUCUACAGGGUAAGACUCUAUCUUUGUUUGCAGAGGGAAAGAGAGGAGAGAGGGAGCUGAGGGGAAUGCAGGGAAAGAGAAGAGGAGGGAAACUUUGAAAGUCUUUGUUUGAGUAGAUGACAAACAUCUGUGGCCGCUGUUUUUCCCUCAUUGCGGGCUUACAGGCUUGCACAGGGGUUUUAGCUGGCUACAUUAGCAUUGUGGUCACUGAUAUCUGAGCCUAUUGUCCUGACUGUGUGGAUCCUGCUGUGUAGCCGGGUUAUAGACUUGAACUGCACUGUGUAACAUUAGAGGGUGUAUCCAAUUAAAACCCGGCUUGAGCUGUAUUGACUUACAUAUAAGUAAUUGCUUCCUGUUAACACAACAGGUGAGGCCCAUUAAUACCUUACAGGGGGGGCAACCUUGGGUAUAUUCUUGCCAUAUGUUACCAUUUGUCAAAAUGUGUACUUAUGAUUCAUUUGUGCAAUGUUUUGCAACUCUUUUAGCAAAGGUCUUAAAUCAUAGAGGGUAAAAAAGCUUAAUCACACCAUUCAUAAAUUAAUUCUGCAGAGUUGAUAUUGUUUGCACACCUUUUGCAUUUCUAAAAAUGCUUGUUCUUCCUCUGUUUGAUGUGUAACUGUUUUCAGAUUAUGAAUCUGAUUGUUUUUCAAGGCUCCUCCCUCUUGGCACCAGAUCAUACGCACCAACUUCGAGUACUUAUCUUAACCUCUUGAUGUGUUCCACCUGUAAGAGCAGGAUGAGCUGCGCACAAAGCCGUCACCUCAUUACAAGCUUCUCCUCUUCCGCUGCAUGAUUUAUGAGUGCACAUGCACAAUUCCUAAAAGUGAAAAGAAGAAGAGAAAGAGAAGCAGACAUCCCUGACUUUCAUUGGAGUCUGAACCCUACAACGUUUUAAAUGUCACUCAUCAGCCGGCACAAGCCUGGGCAUGUUGACUAUCAGCCUUCAGAGGAAUUAUGAAGCAAGAACGCCAAUUUUCGAGCACUACCCAAAAUUAUUUCAUAGUGCUGUGAAGGCCUUUGAAUAGCUCUUUGUCUGAUCAGUGAGAAAGCGAGAGAAAAGAGAGGAGAGAGAGGAGAGAGAGAGAGCAACUGUGCCUGCUAGAGCCUUUGGCAUUUACAGAUGAAUGACUUUUGCCUGGGAAUCUGUUAAGAGUCCAGGCAAAAAGCAAGCAGACUCAGAGCAGCUCUGCCCGGAAGGUAUUCAGUCAUAAAAACUUGCCAGUCAAUGUGGGACUAGAUCCCUCAUUAUAUGCCUGGUAACUGAUACAAGUCUUUAAGUCUUACAGUAAAGAGGUAUGCACGCUCACCUGACAGGCACACAUCUCACAUACCUCCACACAUGUGCGCCCAGAGCGGCUGAUGAUAUACAGAUGCCAUACCUGAGGUGAAAAUGCAUGCAAAGUCUGAAUUAUUAGGUGGCUGACAUGCUCUCUACAAGUCGGCUAUUGAUGCAGAUGUCUAAUAAAUGUGCAAGAAAACGGCCAUCAGGGACAAAUGAAUGAUUACAGUUUGCAUGGCUGCCAGAGCUGUUUCUUUUCUGCAUCAUCACUAUGCUGCGGAAAGAGAGAGAGAGAGCUGUGGGAUAGAUUUGCUGUCUGCGUUUGAAUCCAUCAUAGGCUGACGAUGUACAGGAACUCUGUGAUUACACACUAAAGCGGCCUACGGGCCAGACUGUAAAUGAUAUCCUUGGCUGCAAUCAUGGAGGUCAAUGGGUGGCAUAGCAAAACUGUGCCGGGGUGGGAGCUGAGUAGGACAGGUGGGCACCAUAAAAUACCUUUUGAACUUGAAGGUAAUUGGAGGGUAGCCGGAGAAGGGAGGAUGACAUCAGACCUUAGGAAUGAAAAAUAGAGAGGAUACACUGAAGUGGGGGAGAUAUCACAAGUUAGUUUGGAAGAAAUACAAAACCAAUGCUUGAUUCUCCUAGCUGGGUCCAAUGAAAGGAAAAUGAAACAGACUGCAGCAGAUGAAGUUUUCAAGAGUCCAUAUGUGGCUGUUUUGUGAGCCAGAGUGCAUCCUGCACCCUUGCUGGGUCACGUUUAAGAAUUCUACAUCUGUUCUUUGCUCAGAGGUUAAUAAAUAUUUACAGCCUGGAUUAAAUAGAACCAUAUUUUAAUCAGUUAAUGUGAGGACUCGACAUGUGCUCUGUUCUCAUUGAUUAACGUAAACAUGAUGCUGGAAAAACAAGGAAAGAAAAGGCAGCAACGAGGUGCUAAUCUAAAAUGACAAUGCUGGCCUCCACAUUGAUCCAAACACAUCUGGGGGAAUCAAAGAGCCGUUGUCAGAGCGUCUAAACAAAACCGGCCUUCAUUUCUCCUCACUUGACACAAUCGCUGCAGUGGUGGAGGAUUUUUGUUGCUUUUCUGUGUGGAAGUGAGGCCGUGUUUUGUUUGGGAUGAUUGUGCUCAGGGGCUGAUGCACGAGUAAACCCUCCCUCCCUCAGAUUGUCAUGACUCAGCUGUCAUGUCUGAAAGCGUCUGCUGCACCGAACACAUUCUUCUAGGGAAAGAUGAAUGUGAUGACUGAGUGUCAUGCCUGGAAGACGCGUUUCAAAAGUAAUGGUUUUGUGUGUAUUUUUGUGGAAAGACCUCCCACUCCUGAGUGUUACAGUGGUGACUCUGGAGAAAUAACAAAUGCAAUCAUGGAUCAGCUUCAAGAGGAGACAAGUCCGAUCAAGGACAAGGAUGUGUAAACAUGGGUUUACCAUUACAAACUUUGCCUGUGGGUCUGAUUGGCUGUGAAGAGGGAACAUGACACUGUUGAUCUAAUGAAAUCCUUCCAUGGAUGACUGAGAGGAUGUCCAUGAAGGAUGUGUCUUUUUCUUCACCCUGCAUGGAAAUCUUUACUUUCUCAGUGUUCUGCAUCUCAUCACAGACCCUAAAACUAAAUAAUGUUGUCUUUACCAGGAUGAGUACAUGCUUUAACCCUGAAGUCUCUGUAUAUAUUGGUAUAACAUAUGUCUUUGGAAAUGUAAGAAAUCAGUUAAUAGAGUUUAGACUUUUUGGAAGGUGAAGCCACUUUUCUUUUUCAACCCUUUUAGCCUGACCACAGUUUAAAGACUGAAUUGCACUUUCUUUGUCUUUUAAAUGGACAAAGGUUCAGCUUUAUGCUUUUUGGAAGUAAACCAAUGUCCAUUAAAAACAUUACAUGAGCCAAGCAGAGUAAAUUAAAAUGUUCUUCAAGGCUUUUCCCCAAUUUGUGUAUAAACCGCACACUCUUUUGUCUGCAUAAAGGUCAAGUCUUUUGGACCGCUUUCUUAAAACCAUUACCGAUAACACUUUAAAUCAUGUUCACAUCAGUCUGUUAAAACUUGUGCCAUUACACAAAGGGCAAUAACAGAACAUCGGGAAGGUUUCUUGUAUAAUUUGUUGAGUGCCUGAGUGGGUUAAGUUUGCAAAUGUCAUAUUUAAAAACAGAGAAAAGUUGUUUCGGAGUUAAAUUUUAAUCUGCACAUUUCUUUUUCUUGCAGGUGGGGCUGGAUGUGACAAUAGACAUGGAGAGGGUGUAGAGCGAGGGCUCGUUGACCUUUCAUCCCUUGAGUGGUCAUGUUAUCUACAGUUUGAGCUUGGUCCACCCAACGAAGGCAGGCUGUACAGUCAGAACAAAGACCUCAAAUUUCUACAAGGAACAAACCAAACAUGAAAAUCUGAUAUUGCUUACCACAGAUUUAAUGUAUUCAUGAUGAUUUCCUGGUUUGUGCAGUGUGAUCCAUUUCAAAAUUAAUCAAAGCUACCAGGAGAAAGUGAACUUUGCCUCUCACUUGUGGUUUUGUGAAUAAACACAAGAAAGAAACUCAUUAUCUUGCCUUCAGAGACUGUAUCUGGCUUUAAUGCAUAAGAAGUAAACCAGGAAACCAGAAUAAAGCAACUUUAAUUGAAUACACCAGAGCUCUGAAUACAAAACAGCCUGUGGAAUGACCUUUCCAGACUGAAAUGUUAUUCCUUGCAUGCACCUAACAGCAGGAAGCUGUAUAUGUACACAGUUCCCUUUCACGUCACUGCAGAGUUAUGAUCUCCAAGAUAAAGGGCAGAUCCUUUUCCCUGAAAGAAAAAUAAUCUGCUGGCUGGAGAUUGGGAUGGAGACAAAAAGCAUGUUUUGGUGACCAAAAUAGCAGAGGAGGAAGAGUAAAGUCUGGGAAUAAAAAAAGGAGUAGUAGAGAAAAGACUGGACCGUCCCUCUACUCAUUUUGCCAGAUUUUAAACAGAGCACAACAAACUUGUGCAAUUUUCAUGGCAGUGGUCCAUGGGAACUCAUCCAAGGCACAUUGGGGCUGACCCUCCUGGGAGGUCCUGUUAGAUAGAGAAUAAUAAUACUCCAGAAAGACCAAAGUCAGAGCACAUUUCUCCUGCUGCUGACUACAGGACAACAUUUGGAAGGAUUACUGCAGAAAGAGGAGCCAUGACCGGAUGCAGAAACCUGGAAAGCUGAGAUGCUCUUUUCCUUGUCCAUUUUUGUGUGCUUUCUUGUAUUUUGAAACAUAUUCACUGACUGCCAAUAAGGACGGAAACUUCUAUUUUCCUCCUGGACCACAGUUGCGUCUGAUCAAGAGAGGAGAUUGAGCUGACUGGAACGAAAGCUCUCACAUAUCCCCCUGCUGAGGGCUUUUGUUUCUGCUGCAGCUGAAGCAUUUAACAGGGAGUAGCGAUGGACAUGGAGAAGGGACAUAUGCCGAUCAGGAGAGGGGUGAGCUGGAGUCCAGGAGGAUUGAGAAAACCUCUUCAGGCAACGCAAAACAUGCACACCCCUGAGAUGGAGUGCAAUGCAUCCUGGGAGAAGACAGGAUUCAACUCAGAACAGAUGAGCCGGAAAACAAGUGAGUGUUUGUUUAUUUGGGAUUUUCUGCCUUUUUAUUUAAAACCCUUGAAUCAGCAAGCGAGGGUUUGAUUACUCUGUGACUUCAUUGCACAGAAAUGUAGAUGUAAAUACACUCCUUGUGGUUUGUUUUGGGUGCUGCCUUGGUGUCACAGUAUGGCCAUAGCUGCAGUAUAUCAUUAUAUGAAAAAAAAACUCUGACUGAGAGGAGUAGAUAGAGAAAACAGACAAGUCUGCCUCAGAGCAAUUUAAACGCAGUGAGGUUCUCCAUGAAACAUCUGUUUCCACACUGUAAAAAUACAGGCCGCCCUAACAGCAAUGGAAAUGCAAUCAUACAUCUUACAGGGCUGUCUUGAUAUACAUCACAGCUACUGACAACAAUGGGUAAACUUGUGGCAUCAAAUCCCCCCCAAAAAAGUUUCUUAAAACAAACCAAAAGCAGCAAAACCCAACUGAAAAGAUAAAGACCUCUGUGCUGUGACAAGUCAUUCAACGCUGCAUUUAAAAGAGUUAAAGUGCUGCGAGGAAGCAUAACAGAAAGGUCAUGGCCAUCAGAUAAUUGUGCCUGAUACGGAUCUACCGCCUCUGAACCUCCUACACUGUUCCCAUCUCUCAGUACUCGCUAAUUGGUUUCCUAAAACCCGGCAAAGAUCACCAAAAACAACACAAAGGCACUGUGAGCUGGCCACACCUCCACAGAAACCUUUCUUAACACACUAGAGUAACAAUAUGAGCUGCAGGGCUCAGUUUUCCACCUCUGAGUUCGUCUUUUAUUUCUCCCAUGAGAUCCACACAGGGUUUAGGUCACAUUCAGUCAGGUUAGAUCCCAGGACCUCUGUUAAUCCUUCUCUUUCCAUACCGCUUCACACAUUACCCACUGGGGCCGGUACUGUCAUCCAGCUCACCCCAAAGCCAUCACUCGGAAAAAGAUAACAUCCGACAGGGUAAUCUGACCUUUGAUACACAAAUGCAGCGUCGGCCCCCCGACCUAAAUCCUUCUGCUGGGGGGGAGUUUGGCGUUUGCUCUCACCCACACAGGGAUGGGACAGAGGUAGAAAAAUUAAGGUCCGUGCACCACUGCGAAGGGGCUGAGUUCUCUCGGCUGGAGGACAGGAAAUUCCUAUCCUGCCCUUGCAGGUUGGAGCUCAGGCCCCGGAGGGUUCAGAGAGGGCAGGCACUUGGUUAGGGAGGUGCACAAUAAACACACACACACACACACACACACACACACACACACACACACACACACACACACACACACACACACACACACACACACACACACACACACUAGGCUACAUGGUGAUAGCCAGACAGACACGGGAGGGUAGGAAGGGUCAGAUGCCAGAUCACUGUUGUCUCGCUGGUCUAAUCCACACACACACACACACACACACACACACACACACACACACACACACACACACACACACACACACACAUAAACUGAAGUAUCUCUAGUCUCUCUUUCCACUUCAAAGACUGCAACAAGAGUCAGACACUUCCUGCCAUCCAGAGGACAUAAGACAGAGAUAAGCAGCUCAAUACUCUCUAUUGAUCGGACACCUCUUCAGGUCUGUCAGAACAAAGUGAAACCGUGUGAUCAAGUGCUAAAACAUCAAUACUUUUCGCUACAAAGCCCCAGAGCUCUUCCCCCAGAGGCAUGUCUCCGUUUUUUAUAAUUAGAGGAAAGUGUGCGAGGUGGUGGUGGUGGUGGUGGUGUGGAUUUUGGAAAAGUGAAAGAGAGCUGGAGGCUGGAUGACAGACAGCACAGCCUCCAGCCACAGACCUCCUCCCUCUCUGUCUGUGUGUCUGUGUGAGCGUGUGUAUGUGUGUGUGCUGAGCUUGACAGCGGAGGAAAAGUAAUCCGAUCCCGUGUCUCGCUACAGAAAGGGGGUGUGAAGCUAUCAGACGCAGUUAGAUUGAAAACUCUUGUGGAAGUACAACAAAACAACGGAGCUCUGACUUUGACAUGGAAAAGGUAAGUGUUGAGAAAAUAACGUGGUUUCAGGACGAUGAACUAAAGUUUGAAGUAUCGCGUGAGUCUUCAGGAUAGUUGUUACCUUGAAAUAAAAAGAGCAAGCGCGAGCUCUGUAAAGAAAUUCGACUUUGAAGUAGACCGUUAGUUUCCUAAUUGGAUUCAUCGGCUUCCGUACUUAAAGUUUAGCUCGCUAUUUUCCCACAGUGUUUAAAAUACGAAACCAUUGAACUUUUGUACUUUUUGUACUUUUGCGAAUGCUUUUACCAGAAGGAAUACAAUACAGAUGUUUUUGGUUUAUUGGGUGUUAAUGAGCACAUCCAUGCCAAUAUAUCCCUGGCUAGGUCAUUAGGAAGGAGUGGGCGCAUGAGCACUUAAAUGUAAGCUGUCUUUGUGAUUCAGUGAGAAACUUAAAAUUUUUCAAAAUCAAGCUCAAAAAUUUGCUUUUUAAUUUUUUUUUAUUAUUAUUUUUUGUUAAAGAAUGCUAACUAUUUCGGUCAUGGUAUCAAACACUGAUGGGAUUUGCACCUGCGUGUUACUUGAUAACCAGUCUGGCUCCCACUAGAGGUGAGAUGUUUAAAGUGAGGAGAUUUCAUUUCAAGCCCCACUGCUCUGCCUCCAGUAGUACAUCCAGGUAGCUUGAACUGUUAAAAAUUUAAUAAACAAUAAAGAUGUCAGUGGAACCCAUAUUGAGCAGCAGAAUAAUAGACACCAAAUAUACAGUAAGUACCUGUGUGAUAGGUGGGCUCAUUUCUCUGCAGCAGCCUGUAAAGGUAGCAGAUUUAUGCUCACUCUAAUAGGGCUGAGAGGACUGCCUAUUUCAUGGGUUGUGUGAUAAUGCUUUCAUCCCUGUUAUAUUGUGUCACAAACAGAUGUGAUGGUUGUUAUAGGGCCAUCUUAAAGUGUCUUGUCGUGUCUUCCAUCUGUCAGGUUAUUUAAUUGAUCAGAUGUUUUCACAGUCAAUUAUAAAAGGGUUUAAGUUCAUCAAAGUACAUAUUAGAUAGGAUUUGUAAAACUCAAGGGUUCGCAAAGAGUUAACUAAAAGUACCACGAGGGCAGACCAAGAGUCUGUAAAAUCGAUGGCAGAUGCAUAUUAUUCCUUAAUACUGAGCGAGAGAUCAUGUGAGCUUUAUGUACUGUGCCAGAAAAAAACUGCACACGAAAUGAGCUGUAUAGGAGAGCUUAACAAGGGACUGAUUUAUGCAUGAAUAUUGUAAUUGGCACAUGAUUGCAUCAAAUUCUGUAGCUGUCUGAAUCCUUCCCUUUAUUAAGUGAAGAAAGGGUCGGCUGUGCCAGCUGAUGUUUCAUAUCUCCCCUCAAUCACUACAUAAGUGAUGAUAAAUUUAACAGAUGUGUCAUCACAACAAGAGUCCUCUAUUAAAAUGUCCACUAAAGGAUUUUUAUUUGGUUAAAGAAGUGAGGAUGUGGCUUUUAUCUUACUCUCAUGACCUAUAAACCAUGAUGGAGUAUCUAUAGUUAAGAUGGGAACACUUGAUUGUAUACUUUGUUUAUAGACAGCAGUGAAAAAAUGUCAUUUUGGGGAGCUUUAGAUUGUAAAAAUGGUCUAUUAAAGGUCUGAGCUGCAGUAUUGCACAAAUUAACUACAGAGAGAAACCAAAGGCAUGUUGGAAGCUGAGGCAGGGAGUUUUUCUCGUCGGUGCAGGAAUGCUCAGGGAGGGACGAGUGCAGAUGGCAGAGGAAAUAGCUCCGCUGCCUGGAAUUGAGCUCUUAAGCUCAGAAAACAAACUGUCAAUUUCAACAGAGACAUGUCUCAGCUCAUAAUUUUAAGGUAAUCAGCAAAACAGCAACUUCAAGAUUGCACAAACUUUUUUGGGGCUAUGAGGAAGACAGCUACCUAGACAUUUUUAAUGACUGUGCUUUUCUGUCUCUCUUGGAAGAAAAGCCAAGUGUUUUGCCACUAAUGCCUGUUAGCUCUUUGUUUUUGCCUCUGCUUAAAUCUCCUGGGUCAAGUAUCCACAAAGCUGGAUUUUUCUCAUUGGAUUGGCUGGAAAAAAAACAAUCACAACCAUAUGGCACAGAAACAAUUAUGUGGGUCUUUAAAAGAAUGUGAAGUCUCAGUCAGACCUGUUAAAAAUUUGUUCUUGUUAGCUCGCUCUAUUUGUACAUAAAAGACGCUGGGUGAGAAUUAAUUAGAUGUUGGGGGAAUUGUGUCUAAUUGAACGUAAGAUUGUAACAGAUUGCUUCAUCUCCCCAAAGUGAGAGUGCCUUUUUUUGUUAAUCAAACAUCUCUUUUAUGGCAAAAAGCUAAAACCUUCCUUUCUCAUAUUGAUCAAUCUAUCUUUUAUCUUUUUUCCCCCUUUCAUUCCAGAUCUGACUCGCAGUGCUAGUCUAUCAGAGAAGGAGCUAAAGGAGGCCCGCGUCAGGAGUCAGAUUAUUGCUGCUCAGCUCACAAUCCCUUCCAACUCCAGCUCCAGAGGCGUGCAGCUCUUCAACCGGCGCAAGCAGAGGGUGAACGCCUUCACACUGGAAAGCUGUGGCGAGGGUUCAGAGGAGGACAGAGCUGAGAAUGUGAAAACCGACUCCUCAUCUAACAAACCAACAUGGGCAGAGAGGAGUAGUGAGGAGAAGUAUAGAGACCUGAACUUUAAAAAUAGCGCUAACAAUCUUGCACCACCUGGGAGGGUACAUACAGUAGGUGAUUUGAUGGAGGGCCCAGGUACAGAUUUUCACAAAGAAGACACAGAGGAGAAUGUUAUCCAAGAGAGACAUUUCCUACCUGUCAAGGAAGAGCAAGAGGGAGAGGAUAAAGAGGGAGAUAAAAUCAAUGAGGAGCUUGAGGACAAAGUAAAGGAUGAGAUUCCCCCUGGAAGUAAUAAUACAGAUCAGGUUCUGAUGAAACCAGCAGAGAUAAACGGGGGCCACACAGGGCCAGUUCCUCCUGGAAAGCUUCUCAAUGGUUGCCACGGUAAUUCUGGACCUGACAGAGCAUCCGUGUCCACAUCCAAGCAGGCCAGCACCAUCAUCAAUCGAACUGCCAGACCCUUUUUCUCACCACCAACAGUACAGUCUCCAGAGACAGUGCGCCCUGUCAUGGACAUACCUCCUCCUCCGUCUUACACCACUCCUCCUCUACCCUCCCAACCUGUUGCUUUCUCCCCUCCUCCUCCCCCGUCAUAUCCCACACCUCCUCUCCCGGCUUUUACAAAUCAACCCCCUCAGAACCACUACUCUAGUCCUCCUCCCAUGUCCCCUGUCAUGUCUCCUUCCUCCCCUCCACCAGCCCAGUUCCCGUCUGUAUCUCAGUAUCCACCCAUGCCCCAUUAUGGCCCUCCAACUGCCCCAAAGCCCUCCACUUUUGUUCCCCAGCCUGCCGGAGAGCGGAAGCAGAUUAUACAGAUCAAAACAGGAAUACUGGAAGAGGGUGCUGCUAGACGGGGAAAUAGGAAGUCGAUGUUCACGUUCAAAGAGAAACCAGUGGUGGCUCCGAACCCUGAGCUGCUCUCAUUAGUGCAAGGGGCAGAUGAUAGGAAGAAACAUGGACUCAGAUCUGUACCCGAGCCAGCAUCAGAGGAGGAGUUGCUGGCGUUGGGUGCAGAGGCCUCCAACUUCCUCGCCAAGGAGGAAGAAAGAGCUGUAGAGGCAAAGGCUCCAGAGUGGGCCUCCUGCCUCAAGAGCUCCAGGACUCAACCAAGGAUGGAGCACAAGCCGGAGCAGACCCUCACAAACGUUUCAGGAAAAGGGGCUGAGCUGUUUGCCAAGCGUCAGUCUAGGAUGGAGAAAUAUGUCCUAGAAAACAAAUCUUCUGGACAAAUGAGGUCUCCUUCUCCUACCAUGUCUCUACCACCAUCAUGGGUGUACCCAUCAAACAUGCCUGGCAGGGUCAAAGCCAUCGCCAAAAAUUCUGACAUGAGCGCUCAGCUCUCACAAAACCUGAAGGCCCAACAGGCAGUCAGGCAAAAACCAAAGUCAAAAGCACCAGCACCAGCACCUGCACCAGAGCCAGUCCCAGAGCCGUCUCCUUUUGAAAACGGCUGCUCAAAGAUUGAAAUGGACUUGGCAAGGCACAGACCUUACCAGAUCAACUCUUCUCUCUUCACCUUUACUCCAACUAAGGAUCCUCUCAGUACCCUUCCCAGAGGAGCGCCACAGUCCAAGAACAUGAUGUCCUCCCAGUCUUUCUCAAGACAGACGUCUCUGCCUAACAACCCUCCAUCUAAUUUCAGAACCCAGUGUUUGUCUCCACAGCUGCCACUCAGCCCCACAGGAGGAGCAGAGUAUCCUUCAAACCCAGUGUCUGGGCAGCAGAGGAUCAGUUCUCCAAUGUCUGCCUUCUCACCAGAGCGGGUUUCCUCUCCUCGGUCAGGGGUCCAGGCACCCAGGCCAACAUUUUCUGCCAAGAAGGCAGGGAUUUCACCACAGGUGUGGAAACCCUCUCUGUACUAUUUUUAAAAGAUGUGUUUACACCAGAGGGAUCUUCUGCAGAGAUUAUAUGUAUGGUUCUGAUUGGGCUAAACUUAACAGCUUACUGCACUUUGAUGUUAACUUGUGUCUUAUUCUAUUAUUACAUGUAGUAUUAUAGGGCUACAAUGGAGCAGAGUAUACUUUUCAUGUGUGAAAUAUUUAAUCCUUAAAAUCUUUGAGUGAUAGCUAGAGCUGGACCCUGUCUGUGUCUUGAAUAAAUCUCAAAGACAUGAUAUUUUAGCAGCUUGGGGAAUAUGUGAUGGUAUCAUAUCCAUAAUAAUGGACACCAAAACAGCUGUAAUAACCCCUCUUUUAAAAUAAAGAAUGUGCCUUAGUGUAAUCAGAUACGUGAGGCUGCAUAGAGCAUUAGCACAAAAAAAACUUUAAGAUCUUAAUGUUUUAAAAAUAUGAGUAACAACCUCACACUUUUUCCACUUUGUGUCCCAUUUCUGUGGGCACCAGGGUGAUAUUGCUUCACAAAGCACUUUAACAGAUGGUCUGGCAUCUGCUUUAUGAUCUACGAUUUGCAAUUUAAUGCUGCUCACUGACGAGAGAGAGAGAGAACUACUUUUAUGUCUUAAUGUCUUCAGGGUAAUUUACUCUGCUUUCCAGCAUUUUCUACCAAAAAUAUAUGGUGUGUACUUGGAUACUUUGAUGUUUCAAACCUGCAGGCUGCAUACUAAUUUUCCUCAUGGACCUACAUAUACGCGACUUAAUGCAGUAUCUCUAGAAGUAUAUUUUCAUACCACAUCAUCAAUCACUGUUAUUUCAGACUGCAGUGCUGUUUGAGGCUGUCUUUUUCAUAUCUUAAACCUUGAUUCACUGCUUUUUCUGCUGAUACUCUUUCUGUUAUGAUCAACUUUUUGUGUCUAAGUGAAUCUUUCUUUCUCUGAUUAAAGCUUUCUGCUUACACUCUGCUGUGACUUCUUUCUCAUUUUUUCCUUUUCCAGACUCUCCUUGUGUUUUUUCCAGCCACUUAUUUCACCGUUAAAUGUUAUUUCACUCUCAUACCUUUCCUGCAAUCACUCCAAACACUUGGGCACACUAAUUAAUGUUAUAGAGAGUACAUGUAUAAUUUGCAACAGGAGACAGAUCCUUUUUGGAACACAGUGCAUGACAUUUAAAGUUCAGAAUUAAUUAGGUCAGCUUCCAGUCACAAGAUGUUUAACACUUUCAUGGGAAUUUGACUUAUGUGUGUUUGUGUUGGGGCAUCAAGACAAGUAGGUGAUCCUUGACCUGGGCGCCUUGUUUCUGACACAGAUUUGAUGAACUUUUGAAAUGUUACCAAGCAGUAUCAUUUACUUCCAAAGAACCUUAAUCCUUAAAAUGUCCCCACUAACACAUAAACAGUGUUCAUGGUAUCACAUGGGGAUGAUUUGUUCUAUAUUAGUAUGUGCAUUAGAUAGACGGCGACCCUUGCUUCACUUAAGUAACUUCAUAUGUCUGUAAAGGUUAACCAGCUCAGGAGGCCAAAUGACAGUAACCUGAGAGAGACACUAAAGAUCAAGCAUAUGUGUGCUGGUGUUCAGGCUUACUGAAGAAACACAGAUAUGAGCUGGAUGCCACUGGGGCUCAGGCUGAACUGAUGAUACUCUUUUAUCAAAACAGUUUUGUCCAUUUAGCUCUAUCAAGUUUAACAGGUCAAGGGUCUAUAACAGCUUUGUGUUUGUGUAGUGUAGGUUUACGUAGAGCAAAUGUCUUUCCAAGUUCAGUGCCAUCAAGACUUAAGAUUUGAUACUGGAUAUGUUUUCGUGUUUUAUUUCUGUUUGUUGACUAAAUUCUAAAAAAAGCAUCUCUCAUGCCCAACAGACACCAAAGGAAUCCCCUCAAAGUGGAACUCCAGCUGAGACUCCCACACCAACAGGCACCCCAGGAAUUGCCAGGCGCUUCAGCAGCCCAGAGGGUCCAAUUAACAGAACCUGGACUCCCAGCCUUCAGACUAGUCGAACCUCUGCCUCAGUUACUUCCCCUGUUUUAUCCCCAAGGGGUUCAAGAUGCCAGUCCCCUAUGACCAGUCAGAACUUUGCUAUUUCCAGUGUUAACUCUCCUUCAAUGUCUACAGCCAUUUCUCCACGCUCUGCAAACCCUCCUUGGGGCUCAAGGUGUCAGUCCCCGAUGGUGAAUCAGAACAUGCAACCCUCCAAGAGUUCAUCCCUUUCUGGUUUCAGAGUAGCCCAAACUGCUGCUACCAAUUCCCCUGUUUCUCCUCCUUGGGGUUCAAGAAGCCAGUCCCCAAUGGUCAACCAGUAUGCCCAAUCUUCAGCUGUCACCUCCAUGUCUACAACUAGACCAUCCACAGUCACAUCUCCAUGCUCUCCUCCUUGGGGAUCAAGAUGCCAGUCUCCUAUGGUUAGCCAAAAUACCCAGUCUUCAACCCUUCCUAGUUCCAGAUCUCUUCACACUAGUACUACCACUUCUCCUUGGGGAUCAAGAUGCCAGUCCCCUAUGGUGGGCCAGAAUACUUCCACAUCCAGACCUCUCCAAACACCCUCAGCCACAUCUCCCGUCCCUCCCCCCUGGGGCUCUCGUUCCCAGUCUCCUGCACUCUCCCAGACUAGUUUGUCCUUCUCUGCGACUAAGCCGUUGUACACAUCCUCUGUUUCAGCACCCAAAGACAGUCGCUGCAUGUCCCCAAUUGUCAGCAACCUAGACUCUAAAGCCAACCAUCGUCUCCUGGCCAAGAACAUCAUCAAUGCAGCCAAACGUAAAAACAGUCCCUCACCUGGAGCACUAAGCGGUCACAGCCUUCCAAUCUCACCUCUUGGAAAUUCCCACCAUGGCUAUGACUGUCACAAACCGCCCAUCAGCCCCUUCCAGUCACGAUCAUUAGGAGCCCAGUCCCCAACCUUCACCAGCCCUCCAGCCACCCCAACACAGAGGAUCUGCUCCCCUGUAAGGCUCUACAACGCCCGCUCCCUCACUGACUCUGAUGCCUCUGUGGAGUCUGAAGACUCAGGCCUACGAUCUCCAGGCUUCCAUUCAUACAACACCUGUCCCCGUGGCUGGGGAGGGAGCCUGAGGGUGAAGAGAAGCACUGUCUCCACAGACCUGUGAGGGUGUUACAGGUGGACGACCUUUGAUAUCAGUCCUCUAGACUUUUGUGGCAUUGGAUUUACCAGUCUGACCCAUUUCUGGUAGCCUUUUAUUAGACUGAUAUUUGACAAGUUACAUGUCUGUAACUUUAAAGACCAACUGUGGACAAUGGUAAAUAAUGUGUCCAGGUAGUUUUAGUAUAUCAUAUAUCACAUACAUUCUUAAUAGAGACUGACAAGCACAUGCCUUUUACAUGACUCAGUUUCUACGGUUUGAACUUCUUGAAUACCAAAAAGUACAAAGAUUCAAAAUACCAAGGAUAUAUUUUUUUAUGCAAUGAAUAUUUGAUUUUUUUUACACUUUCACAGAAAAAAAAAUUCAUUUGCAGCCAUUUUGUCCAAUAAUCUGACUGAAAUACUGUUUUAUUUGUUGUUGUGACUCAAGAAAGUGGAAAGAGAAAAAAAAGGCAAAGAAGGGACAUAAUUAUGAACUUAAGUAUCUCGGUGAAGGCAAUCUCAUUCUGUUUUAUUGGUGAAGGAUUAAAAUGAUCCUUACAAUGAACAAUUUACAGUAUACACGAUGCAAAAUUACACAUUAUCAUCAGUGAUCAACGCAAACUGAAUCAUCUGUAUUAUUAUCACAGUGCAAUAAUCAAUUUAACACAGUGUAUAUUCCGUAUGUUGCUUUAUGUGCUGCAUUUGCUGAAAUGAAUGUAAGACAGAUUGUCAGAGGAUGACAGAAAAAGGGAUUGUUGUGUACAAAAAGAACUUUAAAGGUGGGGUUUAGCAUUGGCACAGCUGUUCAUUCAAACACUGAUUCAGGAAAAUAAGAUUUGAAGGUGCUUUGGAUUAAAAAUUGAUAGCAGACAGUUUAUUGGACAAAUGUUAGUUGUUAACUUGCAGAUUAAAUGGCACAUUGAUUGUAAAAUUCAUGAUGGAGAUUUCGUAUAUGUGUGGCUACGUUUUGUUGCUUUGGUUGACCAUGAACAGCUCUUUUGAUUUGUUUGCCAGUAAUGUUUUUCAUGAACAAACAUGUUUUGUACAUGUAUUUUUUGUUCUAAGUGCCUGUUUGAACAGGGUCUAGAAGCAAAGUGUUUGUCUAAUAUGGUAGAGAGGGUGAAACAAAGUGAGAAAAGGUCAAAGAAUGUUUUAUGUUGUGAAAUAUUAACCUAAGUGUUUGUAAGGAAAUGACAAGAGGAGUGGUUUGUAUUUAAAUACAUGCAUAUUGCUAAUGUACAUUCUGAUUCACUUUGAAAGUGUUCGUACUUAAUUUGCACUUCUGUCCAUUCCAUUUCAAUUGCAACUUGUUUUGCAAACUUGGGUCAUUAACAUAAAAAGCAUGUCAUUUCUGCAUAGUGAAGCAUGGUGGCAUGGUUGCAUUAGCUGUUAACCUGACUGUCCCCCCCUCAAACCACAACCGCCUUUCUCAAACAAGUGUUAAUAGCCUCUAUGCACUGUUUCCUUCUUUCACAGUCCUUUAACAGCACACACAACACAUCACUGCUUCUGCCUGUGACAUGUAGAGCAAUGGGAUCAGCACAUUUCUAAAUAUUUACUCCAGUGUCUCUGUUGAGUGACAGCGACACCUGCUACAUGGUGACCUGGCUCCUUCAGCAGGAUUUCAGCCUAUCACUGUCAUGGAUAGGUUUCCACCUGGGUCACGUCUGGACACACCAAACCCUGCUGACAUCCUGAAUAUUAUCAUUUUUUGAGCUUUGCAAGCAAAAUUUUCAGAGGUUCAGUAAUUGCAUGCAUUCUACAUUACACCUAAUUUUUCACUUAUUUCCUAAGUGUAUGAUGUCUAAAAGUAAUGCAAAAUAAAAGCAAUGACACAGCUAUUUCCAUGAUUUUAUUUGCUUUUAUUUUUUCAUGCUUCAUAACACUACAUGCUGAACAGUUGUACAAAAUCAAAGUACUUAUAACACAGUUUAAUCAAGCAUUACAUUCAUUUUUGGGACAAAUUUAUCUGAUUUCUGUACUGUGAUCUUACAGCUUAAACACUAGAGUGACUACGCAAUUAAAUGACCCUAAUUUUA